AUGCCAGCGGAACAGGCAGUAGAUAUGUUGAAUGACACCUUGGCAGAGAUCGUUUUUAGAACAAAGAAUAUGCCAAGGUUCAAAAGAUUGGCACGCACCACGCAUUUCAAUCUGAGAGAAGUCGAGGCUUUGUCAAUUAUCCACCGUAAAUGCGUCAAAACACUAGGCCCUAUAAGCAGAUUAAUAUUUCGUGACAUAUUCCAUGCUGGCUUAGACUUCACGAAAAAUAUUCGCCACUUACUGGUCGACAAAAUGUUUUCCGUUAUUGACAAACGAAAUGCUCUGCAGGUGUACGAUAGCAUGAGAACUCACAAACUAAAAAAGGAGCAUAUAUUCCCCAUGAUGCGCGGAUGUUUAAUUAAACUGCAGAACGAUGAAAACCCCGACGAAGCCGUGAAGGACUUGAUAGAUUUGUUAAUAAAGAAGUUGGACGUGGACCGCGACGGCGUGAUAUCAGAAGAGGAUUUCAAAACUGCCGUGAAAGAAAGGAACCAGCUCCUUUUAGAAUGCAUGGGGCCAAUAUUUCCUUCGAGAGAUGCUCGUCACGUGUUUCUGAGCACUUUUACAGAUCGUGUAGGAAGAUACUGA